AUGGCCGAAUAUUAUCCUUCAUUUCAUUUACCUCGUUUCUCUGGAUCUACUUUGGAACCUACCGUCGCCCCUGUGGUAGUGAUGCCACCCAUGUUGAAGCAUCGAUCUCCCCCUUCUUUAUCAUCCAUGGGUUCAUACAGUUCAAAUACAGCCGAUGACGAUGAUGAUGAUGAUGACGAUGAUAGUGAUGAUGAACCUUCUUGUCGUUCAUUGAAUCGACCGAAUCGACCGACAUUUAUCCAUAUUCCUGCUUCUUGUAAACAAUUCACUAUGCCUACACCACUUCCUGAUGAUCAUCCUCAAUAUCAAGCUCCUCAAUUCAAAUGGGAUGAAACUACUCAAACCGUAUAUAAACCUCCUCUUCAUCGUUAUCCUGAUCCUUCUCGUCCUAUCUUUUGGUCCAAUUAA